GGGCGGGGCGUGGGCUGCGGCGCGGGAGCCGAGCGUCCGGCCGAUCCCAGCCGAGGCCCGAGCCCACCCGAGUGUGCCCGAGCCCGCAGCCCCCGCCCGGGGCGAUGGAGCCGGAGCCCGGCGGGGCGGCCGCUGCGCUCCUGCGGCAGAAGAGGGCGGCGCUGCGGCGCAGGGGGUGCAGCUUCGAGAGUCCCAGCACAGCGCCCCAGCCUCCAGGCCCACUGAUGGAGCCGCUCACCAAAGGGUCCUGUGGGAGUCAGAUGGCACAGACCCUUCUGUGGAAAGCCAAGUCAUCUCUCUCCUUUGGCAUCCAGCCCCUACAGACGUGGCCAACAAAAGACCCUGAACUAGAGUCCCAGGUCAACCUCUCUGUCUCGGAAGACCUAGGCUGUAGACGUGGGGAUUUCAGUAGGAAACAUUAUGGAUCUGUGGAGCUGCUUAUUUCCAGUGAUGCGGAUGGAGCCAUCCAAAGGGCAGGAAGAUUCAGAGUGGAAAAUGGCUCUUCCGAUGAGAAUGCAACCACUCUGCCAGGUACUUGGCGAAGAACAGACGUGCACUUAGAGAACCCAGAGUACCACACCAGAUGGUAUUUCAAGUAUUUCUUAGGACAAGUCCAUCAGAAUUACAUUGGGAACGAUGCAGAGAAGAGUCCCUUCUUCUUGUCUGUGACUCUUUCUGACCAGAACAAUCAGCGUGUCCCUCAAUACCGUGCAAUUCUUUGGAGGAAAACAGGUACCCAGAAAAUAUGCCUUCCCUACAGUCCUACAAAAACACUCUCUGUGAAGUCCAUCUUAAGUGCCAUGAAUCUGGACAAGUUUGAGAAAGGCCCAAGGGAAAUCUUUCAUCCCGAGAUACAAAAGGACUUGCUGGUUCUGGAAGAACAAGAGGGCUCUGUGAACUUCAAGUUUGGAGUUCUUUUUGCCAAAGACGGGCAGCUCACUGAUGAUGAGAUGUUCAGUAAUGAAAUUGGAAGUGACGCUUUUCAAAAAUUUUUAACUCUCCUGGGUGACACCAUCACUCUAAAGGGCUGGACAGGCUACCGUGGCGGUCUGGACACCAAAAAUGACACCACGGGAGUAAAUUCAGUUUAUACUGUAUACCAAGGGCACGAGAUCAUGUUUCACGUUUCUACCAUGUUGCCAUAUUCCAAAGAGAACAAACAACAGGUGGAAAGGAAGCGCCACAUCGGAAACGAUAUUGUCACCAUCGUGUUCCAGGAAGGAGAGGAAUCUUCUCCUGCCUUUAAGCCUUCCAUGAUCCGCUCCCAUUUUACACAUAUUUUUGCCUUAGUGAGGUAUGACCAGCAAAAUGAUAAUUAUAGGUUGAAAAUAUUUUCAGAAGAAAGUGUGCCGCUGUUUGGCCCACCCUUGCCAUCCCCACCGGUGUUUACAGACCACCAGGAAUUCAGGGACUUUUUGCUAGUGAAAUUAAUUAAUGGUGAAAAAGCCACUUUGGAAACCCCAACCUUUGCCCAGAAACGCCGGCGUACUCUGGACAUGUUGAUUCGUUCUUUAUACCAGGAUUUGAUGCCAGAUUUGCACAAGAACAUGCUUAAUAGACGGUCUUUUAGUGAUGUCUUACCUGAAUCACCCAAGUCUGCACGGAAGAAAGAGGAGGCCCGCCAGGCAGAGUUUGUACGAGUGGGGCAGGCACUCAAACUGAAGUCCAUUGUGAGAGGGGACGCCCCAUCAAGCUUGGCAGCUUCAGGGAUCUGUAAAAAGGAGCCGUGGGAGCCCCAGUGUUUCUGCAGCAGUUUCCCUCACGAAGCCGUGUGUGCAGAUCCCUGGGGCCAGGCCCUGCUGGUUUCCACUGAUGCUGGCGUCUUGCUAGUGGAUGAUGAACUUCCAUCAAUGCCCGUGUUUGACAGAACGCUGCCUGUGAAGCAGAUGCACGUGCUUGAGACUCUGGACCUUCUCGUUCUCAGAGCAGACAAAGGGAAAGAUGCCCGCCUCUUCGUCUUCAGGCUGAGCACUGUGCAGAAAGGCCUUGAGGGGAGGCAAGCUGGGAGGAGCAGGUCUGACUGCCGAGAAAACAAGCUGGAGAAAACCAAAGGCUGCCACCUGUAUGCUAUUAACACUCACCACAGCAGAGAGCUGAGAAUCGUGGUUGCCAUUCGGAAUAAGCUGCUUCUGAUCACAAGGAAACACACCAAGCCGAGUGGGGUAACCAGCGCCGCACUGCUGUCUCCCCUGUCAGAGUCUCCUGUUGAAGAAUUCCAGUACAUCAGGGAGAUCUGCCUGUCUGACUGCCCUUCAGUGAUGACCUUAGUGGACGGGCCAACAGAAGAGAGUGACAACCUGGUCUGCGUGGCUUACCGGCACCAGUUCGAUGUGGUGAAUGAGAGCACAGGGGAGGUCUUCAGGCUGCAUCACGUGGAAGCCAGCAGGGUUAAUUUCGUUGCAGCUAUUGAUGUGUAUGAAGACGGAGAAGCCGGCCUGCUACUGUGCUACAACUACAGUUGCAUCUAUAAAAAGGUGUGCCCCUUUAAUGGUGGCUCCUUUCUGGUUCAACCCUCUGCGUCAGAUUUCCAGUUCUGUUGGAACCAGGCUCCCUAUGCAGUUGUGUGCGCCUUCCCAUACCUCCUGGCCUUUACCACCGACUCCAUGGAGAUCCGCCUGGUGGUGAACGGGAACCUGGUCCACACGGCCGUGGUGCCGCAGCUGCAGCUUGUGGCCUCCAGGUCGGACAUAUACUUCACAGCGGCCGCAGCUGCGCCCGAGAUUUCAUCUGGAGGCAGCUCCAAGGGGGCCAGUGCCCACAGUUCUCCUCAGACACCCCCAGGCCGAGACACUCCAGUCUUUCCUUCUUCCCUGGGGGAAGGUGAAAUUCAGUCUAAAAAUCUGUACAAGAUCCCACUUAGAAACCUUGUGGGCAGAAGCAUCGAACGACCCCUGAAAUCGCCCCUGGUCUCCAAGGUCAUCACCCCGCCCACUUCCAUAGGCCUUGGCAUUGCUGCCAUUCCUGUCACACACUCUUUGUCCCUGUCUCGAAUGGAGAUUAAAGAAAUAGCAAGCAGGACCCGAAGGGAACUGCUAGGCCUCUGCGACGAAGGAGGGCCCAGGUCAGAAGGAACACCAAGGGCCAAAUCAAAAGCCCGGAAGCGGUUAGAAGAAAGCCAAGGAGGCGCCAAAGCAGAGACCGUGAGAUCAACUAGCAAUGACAGAAUCCCAUCAGGCAUCUUGGAAAGUCCUUGGACUUUGGAAGCCAAUCCCGACAGGCAUUUCCACUCGGCAAGCUCAGACCAAGAUGCUGUGGUAGACAGAGAGGGCGACCCUGCCUCGGCCAGCAGCCUCUUCCAGCUCAUAGCUUCCUCUGAUGAAGACGUUAUUGACUUGAAGUAGAGUCCACACUUCAUCUGCAUCCUUAGUUUUCUUAUGGAAGUUUAUACUCUUUAAGCAGUUUUAACAUCAUCUCUCAACAAAAUGUGGCUCUCAGCCUGUCAGUGAUCUAUUGGACCAAACCUUGUGUACCCUUGGCCAGUUUGGGUCACUCUCCAGUGUCCGGUGCCAUCUUUCCUGACCUUUGUUUUUUUUUCCGUUAAGGAACCAUCAGUUUCCUUGUAAUAAAGGUGGUAGAUUUCAUUGAAGUUUUAGAUCAAAACUUUGAAUAAAUCAAAAAUCUUCAUUCUUA